AUGGACACAAGUGAUAGAAGUAUGGAUUAUGAUAAAAAUUUUAUUAAACAACAAAAAGAGAAAAAAAAUCAUUUGGCAAGUCGAGUAAAUAAAUUUCAAGAAAUAGUCAAUCAAAUAGCACAUCGAGGUCAGGAAAUUAAAGAACAAGUUUUGGAAGAAAUGAAACAAUUAUGUCAUGUUAUUCAAACCAAUGGUCAGCAACAAGAUGGAACUAUAACAAUUAAAUUUGGUGAUUUAUUCGAAAUUUAUGCGAACAUUUCGGAUAAAUUAGUUGGUGUAUUAUUGAAAGCUCGUAAACAAGGUUAUUUGACUUUUAAAGGCGAAAUGUUAUUGCAACAUAGAGAUGAAGAUGUUCCUAUUCAACUUGUUCGUUUGCCUUAA